CAAAGUCGAAAUUAAAAUAAAUAAAGAAUGUUUUGAUUCUUAUUAUAUCAAAAAUCCUAAUAAUUGUCCACGUUAUUCUUUUAAUGUUACUUUAUUACAACAACUUUAAUGUAGCGUGUUAAGAUUAGUUAGUGUUAAGUAUUAAAUUAAUAAGAUGACUCAAGGAACUGUGAUAAUUUUUGAUAUCGGACGAAACACGUUAAGUUUAGAUGGAAAUGGCGAUCAAAGUUUCUUCCAGAGAAGUAAAGAAUUUAUUAUACAUGUGAUAGAACGUAAAAUAAUGACAUUAGUAAACGAACCCCUUGGAUUAUUAUUAAUGGGAUCUGAAGACGGGAGUACCACCAUCGUGAAUUCCAAAUUUGAAAUUCCAUGUUGGAAUAUGAUCAGAAAUUUACCUUGUAAGCCGACAGAAAACACAGGUGACUGGUUUGAAUCUUUAACUUAUGCAGUUAAUUUCUUUCCAAACCAAAAUAUUGACAGCACAAUGGAAAGUAUUAAUAAAAGAAUUAUUUUAAUAACUAACUUUAUGACACCAUCUGAUAUUCCGGAAGAUAAAAAGGAAAAGAUUAAAAAUAAACUAUACAAAGAAAAUAUUCAAGUUGAUGUUAUUGGAUGUGAUUUAUUUGAAAAACCGUCUACAAAUUCAGAUAAAAACCUGGCGCAAAAAAUUGUUAAGAACACAAACGGUGUUAGUAUAUUGUUUGAUGAUGCAAUGGAACAAUUAAUUUUUUAUAAGAAAAAGCAUGUAACUGGCAACCCUUGGAUGGUGGAUCUUUGCAUUGGACCUAAUAUUGCAAUACCGAUUCACUCUUAUAUUAGAACCAAAAGUGAAAAACCCCUUAAAACUUGGAUAGAAGUCAUAAGAGAUCCGAUAAGUGAUAGAGCAAGUACAGUACAAGUAAAAAAGAAUACUUUUUAUAUAAAUGCUGACAAUAAAGUUGUGAAUAAAAAAGAUGUAGUUAAAGGUGUUCAUUAUGGUGAGACAAUAAUUCCAUUUUCUGUUAUUGACAAAAAACUCAAUUGUGUCACAGAAUCUAAAUCAUUAAAUAUUUAUGGCUUUACAUCUGCAGCCAGAAUAAAAUGGGAAAAUCUAAAUUAUGAUAAUUUGUCAUAUAUUUAUGGAUGUAAAGGUGAUAAAAAUGCUUGUAAUGCAAUAAAAUGCUUAGCUGAAUGUCUGAUGGAAAGAAAUCUGGUUGCUAUUGCCAGAGGAAUUAAAAAAAGGGAUAGUCCGCCGAGAAUGUAUGCUCUAAUGCCAGUACAGGAAGGUAAAACUCAUCAUUUAUCUAUGAUUGGAAUCUGUUUUAAAGAAGAAAUUAGACAUAUGCUUUUCCCGCAAACUGAUUGUGAAAAGUAUAUAUGUUCAAAUGAACAAAUUGAUGCAUUCAAAGAUCUUAUUAAAGCAAUGAAUUUAAACAAUGAUGAUUUAGAUGAUUCUGAAAGAUUCGACAUUUCUAAAGUCCCGUCACCUUCUGUACAAUAUGCUUAUGACUCUGUUGUUUUUCGCGCAAAAAAUCCUUUUAAGCCGCUGCCUAAACCAAGAGAUGAAAUAUCUAAUUUAUUACAAGUCCCAAAUUUAAUUAAAAUGAAAGCUACUGAUGCAAUUGAAAAAAUGAAAUCAGUAUUUGUUUUAAAUAAAAUAAAUGACAAUCAAAAAGAUGAUUCUGAACCAAUGGAAGGUGCAGAUGAACUGAAUAUUACAGAAAACAUGGAUUCAAUUAAAACCAAGAGUAUUGGAACAGUUAAUCCAAUUGAUGAUUAUAAGUUAUGUUUAAGUUCCGAUAAACAAUUUAAUGAAAUAGCACAAGAGAUGACAAAUGCUAUAGAAACUCUUUUCUACAGUAAUUCAGAUCAACAUAAAUCUAAAGCAACAGACGCCAUGUUCUUUUAUAGAGCAGAAAGUGUUAGAGAAAAUCCUACAUUUUAUAAUGAAUGGCUCAAGAAUUUUAAAAUGGAGUUAAUUGGAAGAAAAAGAUAUGAUGUUAUUGAAAUAAUAGAAGAAAAGAAUAUGGACUUUAUAUAUAAAUAUGAUAAUACAUUGAGUCAAAUAGAAUCAAUAGAAGAAAUGUGUGGAAUGGACACAUGCAACUUGGCAGAUGUCGCUAUUAGUUCUGAUAUUAGAGAAUUUUUUGGUAAUAUGUAAAAUCUACAAAAUCGAAAAUCAAUAUAAUUAACUAUUGGAUAAAAUCCAAAUCUUUAGCAGCUUUCAAAUUCACUAUGCUGUACAUUAUAUUAUUAUUUACUCUAUUACCUCAUUCUUGCUUUCAUUCAGAAUAACAGCAGUUAGCAAUGAUCUACAGGCUCCUACACCUGUCCAUUCGAGAGAAGGUACCAUAUGAAACAGUUGGGAAUUUCGAUGCACUUCUCCAGGCAGUCAGGGGUGUCGAGCAUUUUCUUGCAGAGAAGGAUAUGUCAGCCCAGUAAUAUGGAAAGGCAGCAGCAAGUCUGGUGCCAUUACUGCAGACAUUUUGGACAUACAAUGGAACUCUGCCGUAAAACGCGAAACGAAGCUGGACCUAUUCACGUUAUAAGUGCUCCUCAUGCUGCGAUGGAAGUAGCUGUAACUGCCACUCAAGCUCGCUUACCGUCGAAAUACAAAUUUUCGUGCAUGGGUGUGGUGCUCCGGGUGUAGUGAGAAGCAAGUGUCAUACAUGCAUUGCGACAAGAUCGGAACGAUUUAAAGCCGAGAAUUUAAGCUUCUGUUCAAUGGACAAUUAGCAAGGACAGUCGGCGAAGAGUCAUGAUAGGAAUUGGCAUCGGUAAUAUAUCGGGGACAGCAUACAUAGAUUCAGCAUUCAUGCAGUUCAGAUGUUUGCGCACAGCGGCUGCUUCCGCAUCGGAACGUUCUCUGUGCCAAUUGACGCCACGAUCUACGCGCUUGGGCAGUGCCCCAUAUCGUACUCUGACUCGGACCGUAGUUCGUUGUUGUGCGAGUUUUUUUUUGUCUUUCCUACUAAGUCUUGUGUUGAUUUUAAUAAACUUUACCGCUUCUUGAAAACACUGUACUUCCUUACACUCGUAUUUUAAUACUUUUAAUAAAUUACGUUUUAAAAGCA